GCACAUUUCCUGCGUAAACGCCACCGCCCUCUUUUCUCUUCCCCAUUCAUGAAGCGGACGUAAAGCGUGAGCCCCUCCUUCGGUGGAACAGGCUCUGGCCCUUUAACGCAGCUGAUGUAGGACUUCAUCUCCACAUCAUGGCCUCCACGCAGCCGACACCGCCGAGGAUGAAGCGACCCGCCGGCGGCCCUUCCCUUCCCGCAGCGGAGACGGACGUCAAGCCGAAGCAGAGGCACCGGUAGAGGCGAGCCGCGCCGGGGGAGAGCCGCCUCACCCAACCCCCCACCACCCCCGAUGCCACCCCGGUCUCCUCCAUGCCUUCGUCUAAAGCCCGGUACAGCUACUCGAUAGAGAGGGGAGCGAGCCCGGGCGGCGGCGGCAGAAACAUGAGCACGAACCGGGAUUAUUCUGUUAAUCUGUCGGUGCAGCAAGUGCUGAGCCUCUGGGUGCAAGGCGCGACUCUGCAGCACUUCGCAGAGAUGUGGUACUGGGUGUUCCUGUGGUGUCUCUUCUCCUCGCUCUUUGUCCACGGGGCGGUGGGGCUGCUCAUGUUGGUCAUGCUGCAGCGCCACAAGAGGGGCCGCCUCAUCACCCUGGUGCUGGUCAGCGUGGGUUUCCUGGCAUCCGUCACCGGAGGCGUCAUCACCAGCGCGGCGGUGGCCGGAGUUUACCGCGUGGCGGGGAAGGACAUGGCCCCGCUGGAGGCUCUGGUGCUCGGCGUGGGUCAGACCUCCCUCUCUGUCGUCAUAUCCUUCUCACGCAUCCUGGCCACUCUGUGAAGAAGACCCUCGACAGGUUGAAGCACGGACGCUGACACGAGAGGAGGAGCGCUGAUGAAUCGAGCCAAUCAGAGACUAAGACGCACUCGUCCUGACCGGUGUGCGGAAGCAGCGGAGGCAGAGAUGCUCUGGACCUUUAGAGCUAGAUGCAGGACAGAGCGCCCCCUGGGUCCCUGCUCUGUUUCUGCCGCAAUCCCACAGCGAUUCAGAGGGAACUUCAUGUAAAAGAGCAGCGGCGGGCGGAGAUCAGGUGGAGAUGGCGCCCUCCUCAGCCUCUGGACUUGAAAGCCAUGUCACGUUCCGGGUGUUUUUCAGAGGUCCACCACUUCUUCGUGCCAACGGCCUCCUCUGGGACGUCCAGAUGCCUUCGUGGCCACUGACUCUUGAAGGCUUUCUGAUGCUGGGAAGAAAACCUAUUUUUUAAAAAGUGAGGACCUGAGAUAGACGAUCAGUGUGUGAAGAAAAUGGAAACAAAUGGAGUUUAUGGAGCAGCAACCGCCGAUAGUCAGCUCGAAGUUUCAGCCUCACCUCCAGGUCGAUCGCUCCCUUUCCUGAGACGACUUCAGAGCUGCACCCUCCCACUCACGAGCGGCAUGCAGCUUUGAGUUUUGCACUUUGCAAAUGUUGGAGACGCUG